GUAAAAACUAAAAAGUAAAGGUCAAAAUAGUGCAAGUAUAUGAUAGAAUACUCUAUAGAAUACGAAUGUCAUCCCAAGCAGCAAGAUGAGUUAACGGCCACAAAUGGCUUCUUCCUUCAACACAUUACAACCGCGGGAACUUCUCUCUCAUACUCUCUGUAAGUGUUUCUCUACAUCCUCAAUUCCCCAAUUCCACCAUUCUUUUGCAUUUUCAUCUCCCAAACACUCCCUUCCUCCAUUCAAGUUAUCUCCUUUCUUUUUGGUUAAUGCUCCUGUAACUCUCAUUUGCCCUGUUAGUUCUAGCUUAAAUCGUAAUUCUUCAACUGAAACUGUAGAUUUUAGAGAUUUUAGUGAUAAUUUGGGUUCUGGGUAUUCAUCUUCUGGCCAAAAGGGUGAAAAAAAUGGGGGAGGGUUUGUAGAUUAUGGUAAAAAUAAUAGAAAAUCUGGUGGAAAAUUGAAUUUUAGGAAAAGAAGUGAAAAUGGGUCUGAAAGUUCUUCGGCUAAGAGGGGAAGUAGAAAGUGGGAGAGAAAAAUGGAGGAGAUUGUGGGAAAAGUUGCUAUAAAUAGUAAUGUGGAGGAUGUUAGGGGAGAUUAUAGUGGUCUUGAAAAAAGAGGUCAAAAGGGUUCUGGGGGUUCUUCUAGAAGUGUUAGAGAUGCUAAUUCGAUGUCGAAUGUCGUUAAUCGAACUGUAGAUAGAGGUGCCGUUAGAGAUGGUGGUGAUGCUUCUAAGGUAAAGAAGAAGGAGAAAUUGUCUAAGAAGUGUACGGUUAAUUCACCAGAGUUUCAUAUGAGGAAUAGCUUGGACAUGUGCUCCAAAAGGGGUGAUGUAUUGGGUGCAAUUUCGCUGUAUGAUUCAGCGGUUAAGCAAGGGGUAAAGAUGGGGCAGUACCAUUAUACUGUGCUCUUGUAUCUGUGUUCUAGUGCUGCAAUGGGGGUUGUUCGACCGGCUAAAAGUGGUAGUGGCAGUAGGAGUUUAGAUACAGUUCCCCCUCAGAAGUUAGAUGGGACAAAUGAUUCUGGUGAGGAGGAAAAUGGUGAUAUAGAUGAUGAAGCUCGAGAUAGAAAAGAUCAAACUCAAAAGUUAGAAGUAAAUGAGAUUAGGGUAAGCGAUGAUGUAAGGAAGUAUGCCCGUAAAAAAGGGUUUGAAAUUUAUGAGAGAAUGUGCUUGGAUAAGGUGCAGAUGAAUGAGGCUGCUUUGACUUCAGUUGCUAGAAUGGCAAUGGGCGUGGGUGACGGAGACAAGGCUUUUGAUAUGGUAAAGGAGAUGAUUUCAAUUGGGAUAACCCCAAAAUUGAGGUCUUAUGGUCCUGCUUUAUCUGUUUUCACCAGCGAUGGAGAUAUUGAGAAAGCCUUUGCGGUCGAAAAACACAUGUUGGAGAAUGGUGUUUAUCCUGAAGAGCCUGAACUGGAGGCACUUCUUAGAGUAAGUGUUGAAGCUGGUAAAGCUGACCGAGUGUAUUAUGUUUUGCAUAAGCUUAGAACAGUGGUGAGGUUUGUCUCACCUUCUACCGCAGAUUUGAUUGAAAAAUGGUUUAAUAGCAAACAAGCAUCGAGAAUUGGGAAAAGAAAGUGGGAUCAUGAGAUGAUUGCUCAAACAAUGGAAAAUGUUGGUGGUGGGUGGCAUGGAAAAGGAUGGUUAGGCAGAGGAAAAUGGAGCGUCUCACGAACUUCCAUCGGAGUUGAUGGUUCAUGUAGAUGUUGUGGGGAGAAGUUGGCCUUGAUUGACCUUGAUCCUGAUGAAACAGAGAGAUUUGCUGAAUCAGUUGCAGCUAUAGCAGCAAAGAGAGAGAAGCAUUCAAGCUUCCAAAAGUUUCAAAGGUGGCUAGACUACUAUGGUCCAUUUGAGGCUGUAGUGGAUGCAGCUAAUGUCGGUCUCUUCAGUCAGAGAAACUUCCAACCUGGGAAGGUAAAUGCUAUUGUGAAUGGGUUGCGCCAAAUGCUUCCUUCUAGAAAGUGGCCACUUAUCAUUCUGCACAAUAGGCGAGUUACUGGAAGCAAGCUAGAUAAACCUAUGAAUAAGGAAUAUGUUGAAAAAUGGAGAAAUGCUGAUGCACUUUAUGCGACACCAACUGGAUCAAAUGAUGAUUGGUACUGGUUGUAUGCAGCUAUAAAGUAUAAGUGUCUACUUGUGACUAAUGACGAGAUGAGAGACCAUACAUUCCAGCUCCUAGGAAAUGAUUUCUUUCCUAAAUGGAAAGAAAGGCACCAGGUUCGGUUUAGCUUCACAGAAAUUGGCCCUGUUUUUCACAUGCCACCACCAUGUUCUGUUGUUAUCCAGGAAUCAGAGAGCGGCCAUUGGCAUAUUCCCAUAGCUUCAGAGCACCAAUAUGAAGAGGAGAGAACAUGGUUGUGUGUCACACGCCCAAAUUCUCAUAUCGAAAGCCAGAGUCUCACCAUAGGAGCAAAUUCAACCAAAGGUUAAAGCUCUAUCAGCAGCUUGUAGUAAGCAGGAAACUGACAUAGUAGUUCUCGUAAGUCACAGAGAUCUCAGAAAUACGCUAUCAGAAUCUACAUCAUCAAAAUUAGACCAUCUCCUGUUCUUGAAUGCUAUAAAGGCUGCUGAGAAUCAUGCUGGGUGUGUGAUAGAUUUUCAGAUAUGACGUGAUAUAACCUAACAUGAUUACUCUUCACAUUUUGGAAGACUGCUUACUUAAAGUCAGCAAUCUAAUGUCUUGUGAAGCUAAAAGUUUUGCUGAUGUAUCUGGGUAUGGAGAAAUAUUACUUGUCCUUGCUCUCUGGUCUGGCAACCACCAAUUCCUGAUGCUGUGCCAGAUUGAAGCCUCUUACAUUCUAGGUUACUGGCGAACACAUGUUUUGGGAUUGUGGAAAUAGCAUCUUAGUGUCAUUACAUGAGUUAGCUCAAGGAACUGUAAAUUUCAGCAGCUGCUCUUCUUUUUCUAUCAAUAUAUACUGGAGAAUCUUAUUGGAUUUCUCUCCAAAGUUUAUACUA